AUGAAGCCCCCGGCGCGGCGGCGCGCCGCCCCGGCCCGCUACGCGGGGGCCGCCAAGGAGGCGCGCGGCGCGCGGCCGCCCUGGAACGCGCACGAGAAGCAGCGGCUGCUGCGCGCGCUAAGGGCCCGCGGGGGCGAGCGCCGCCGGGAGCCCUCGGCCCGGGAGCUGACGGGCUGCCUGCCCCGCCGGACCGAGGCCGAGAUCAGCCGCUUCGUGCACGGGUUGAAGGGCCAGGUGGCCCGGGAGGUGAUCCGGGACGAGCAUCGGCGCUGCCGGGAGGAGCAGAAGCUGUGGGAGGCCCAGAUCCCCGCCCCCAUCGAGGUUUGGGCAGAUCUGGCCGGGCAGGUGGCUGACCAGCUGGAGGGAGCUGUGACCGCCGCGUUCUCGCAGGUCCUCACCAUCGCCGCCACGGAGCCCGUCGGCCUGCGCCACUCCAUCCCUCGGAAAACAACCCAAGUGACCGAGCGACAGAUCCUCCGCGGCAUUCCUGCCCGGAACUGGGAACCCCCGUCUUCCGUGGCCUUCCACCCUGCCCGGGAGUCCCCCGAAGGCAGAGUGGUCAACGGCGUCCAGGUCAUCCUCACUACCGCUCCUGCUGUGGCAGGAAACUUCACUGUUGACUUUGAGAAGGUCUAUAGGUACUUGUUCAUCCUGGCCAGAGGUGGGAGAAAGCCUGAGCUCACGCCCAGUGAGUCUGCCGUCCUUCUGGAUUUGCUCAUGUCCCUCCCCGAAGAGCUGAGCCACCUGAACUGUGGGGGACUGGAGAGCCACAUGUGUCAGGCCUACAGGGACCUGGUUAGCCCUCAGAAAGGCCAGCCAGAGACAGCGGGCCCGGCCCCUUGCCCUCUAGGAACGGGACACUGGGCAGAGGACCACGGGAGCGGCAGCUUGGACGGUGGACUUGUGCCAGGGGCAUCAGGGUUCUUCAGCCACAGGAACAGCUGUUCAACAGCUCUUGCCCCCCCAACAGAGCUGGGGCCCUGGGCCCCUCAAUCAGCCUGGCAGGAGGUGGACUUCUGCCCUCUGAACUCAUUUCUAAUCCCCCUACGCCUCCUAACUCAAUCUGGGGACCCGGGGUGGUGAGCCGGCCCCCGGGCCCAGGAGAGGACUCAGUUUGGGGACCAGGCUUG